UCAUGCUCCAUGUGGUUUGUGUUUACUGGGGGUACCAAAAUGAUGAGCUUAUAUACCCUUUGGUUUUGCUUCCUCCAAAAGCAGUCCCACCAUUUUGGCAUGCAAUAUUCAUCAUCAUGGUGAAUGAGUUGGUAUAUCCUUUUCUUAGAUACAAUGGUGCGACAGGCAGCAAUGGUCUUGAAGUGUAUACUGCUAAUGUAUUGCAAGAAUAGUGGGGGCCAUAAUUACCGGAAGCAGGGCCAAAUGCUAACACUGAUCGAGUACAUGUUGUUUCUGUAUCGAGCCUUGUUGCCAACCCCGGUUUGGUGCCGGUUCUUUUUAAAUAAGGAAUAUGGAAGCCUCUUUUCAUCAUCGACUACAGGGCUGUAUUUAACUUUCAAGCUAACUUCAGUAAUAGAGAAGGUUCGAUUAUUCCUUGCUGCAUUAAGGGCCUUGUCACAUAAGGAGGUACAUUUUGGGUCAUAUGCCUCUUCUGAACAGGUGAAUGCUGUUGGGGAUCUUUGUGCCAUUUGCCAGGAGAAGAUGCAUGCUCCAAUUUUGCUUCGGUGUAAGCACAUUUUUUGUGAAGACUGUGUAUCAGAAUGGUUUGAACGGAAAAGAACUUGUCCGUUGUGCAGGGCCCUGGCGAAACCUGCGGAUAUUAGAUCAUAUGGGGACGGGUCUACUAGUCUGGUGCUGCAGUUAUUUUGAGAUCUGCUGCGUGAUGAACAGAACCCUUUCCUGCUGUCAAAACUGGUAAACCCCUGUUCUUGUCAUCCGACCACACCAAAGUUUUGGAAUAGAACCAGGUUACGUUGCUUCACUUCUGGCAGUGCCGCAGUCCGGCAGAGUGUACAUGUUUUUCAGUUGAUGUAUGUGUUGGGCCUUUAAUGGCUAUCAUAAAAAUUAUACAUGGCAUAUCAUUCGAUAUUUGGAAGAAAAGUGCCUUACGUUCACACACACAUUUGGUAUAAUUCAACAACUAAGGAAGCAGAGUGUGCCAUUU